GGGAGGAGGUGGUGGUGGUGGUGGUGGGGGUGACGGGCGGAAAGCCCACGAUGGGUUUCGAACUGGAUCGUUUCAACGAGGACGUGGAUCCGGAUCUGCAGUGCAACCUCUGCAACAAAGUUCUCGAAGACCCGCUGACCACCCCGUGCGGCCACGUCUUCUGCGCGAGCUGCGUCCUCCCCUGGGUGGUGCAGCAAGGCAUCUGCCCGGUGAAAUGUCAGAGGAUCUCGACCAAGGAGCUGAACCACGUCCUGCCCCUGAGGAACCUCAUCUCCAAACUGGACAUCAAGUGCGACUACCGCUCCCGGGGCUGCGGCAAAGUGGUCAACCUGCAGCACCUCCCCGAGCACGUGGAGAUGUGCGACUACAGCCCAGCCCAGUGCAGGAAUAAGGGAUGCAACGAGGUGCUGGACCUGAAGGAGAUGGACGUGCACAUGAGGGAGAGCUGCGAGUACCGGCCGGUGGGCAUCUGCGAGAAGGGCUGCGGGCUGGUGCUUCUCCAUCGGGACCUCCUGGCGCAGCCGAGCCACUGCUGCGUGCGGGCGCUCAAAGCCCAGAGCAGCUCCUUGCAGGUGAAGACCGCCAGUCUGGAGCAGGAGCUGAAGAAGCAAGCGGUCAGGUACGGCAAAAGGGAGAAGUCCCUGGUCGUCCAGGUCUCAGCCCUGCAGAGCGAGGUGCAGCUCACGGCGCUGAAGUACCAGAAAAAGUUUAACGAGUACAUGAGCCACAUCAGCAACAUCACGAAAAAUAUAGCCGGUCACUGCAAGGGUGGAGAAACCAAACCACUAACUAUAGUGUUGCAUCGAGAAAAUGAUACUCUUGGAUUUAACAUAAUUGGUGGAAGGCCCAGUCUGAACGCUGAGGAAGAUUCUUGUGCUGAAGGAAUUUAUGUUUCCAAAAUUAUGGAGAAUGGCCCUGCUGACCAGGCAGAUGGAUUGCAAGUUCAUGACAGGAUCAUUGAGGUUAAUGGGAAGGAUCUCUCAAAAGCGACCCAUGAAGAAGCAGUGGAAGCUUUCCGAAAUGCAAAGGAUCCUAUUGUUGUCCAGGUUUUGCGAAGAACACCUGUUGCCAAGAACCAUGCCAAUGCUCAGGACCGUCAGCUGUUGGAUGUUGCCACACAGACAGAAAUCACCUUUGAGCACAUCAUGGCUCUCUCCAAACUGAGAUCAUCUUCACCUCCAGUCCCUGAUAUCUGCCCAUAUUUGUUAUCAGACAGCUGCCACUCUCUGCAUCCUAUGGCGCAUGACUAUUACGAAGCUAAUGAUUAUCUUCCCAACUUACCUCCUGACGGCGACCGAGCAGAUGAACUGGAGUAUGAGGAAGUUGAACUGUGUCGCGUCAGCAGCCAGGAGAAGCUGGGCUUAACUGUCUGUUACAGGACAGACGAUGAAGAUGAUAGCGGGAUCUAUGUCAGUGAGGUUGAUCCGCAUAGUAUUGCUGCCAGAGACGGGCGCAUCAGAGAAGGAGAUCGGAUCAUACAGAUAAAUGGCAGGGAUGUCCAGGACCGAGAGGAAGCAGUUGCUUUGCUCUCCAGUGAAGAAAGCAGGAAUAUUCUGCUGCUGGUUGCCAGACCAGAAAUGCAGUUGGAUGAGGGUUGGCUUGACGAUGACCGGAAUGACUUUCUGGAUGAGUUACAUAUGGAUAUGUUGGAAGAGCAGCACAACCAAGCAAUGCAGUUCACAGCCACCACCCUCGAACAGAAAAAGCACGAGGAAGAUGGUGGAACAACAGACACUGCAACCACUUCUUCGAACAACCAUGAGAAGGACAGUGGGCUGGGCCGUACAGAUGAAAGCAUGAGGAAUGACGAGAGUUCGGAACAGGAGAUUAUGGGCGAGGAGCAAAAUAGCAGCUCACUGCAGAGCCAGAGGGAGCUGGCCUACAGUCAGGACACUUUGGGAAGCAGUGAGCUGCACUGUAAUGAGAGCCUUGUAUGGGAGUAUAAUGACUCGGAUUUUGUUGGAAUCCAGGAUGAAGAAUGUGAAAGAUUCAAAGAGCUUCUGGAACUGAAGUGUAAAAUGGGGAAUCAAAGCCAUUUUGACCUUUACUACUCCACAAGCACAAUCGAAUGUGGCAGGAGGCAGCAAGAUGUAGUGGAUCGUGAGCUGGAGAUGCUUAAUGAGGAACUAAGGAACAUUGAAUUGGAAUGCCAAAAUAUUAUGCAGGCACAUCAGCUUCAGAAAGUGAGGGAGCAAUAUGGAGAUGUGUGGUCAAUCCACAGUGGAGCAUUUAGGAACUACAACACCAGCAUCGACUUGCAAAGGGGCAAGCUAGCAGAUAUCCUGGAGCACCCUGAGAAAUCAGACAAAGAUAGCUCCAGUGCAUAUAACACGGCAGAGAGCUGCCGCAGCACCCCUUUGACCAUAGACCGUUCGCCCGACAACUCACUCCAGCGAAUCGUCAGCAUUACCAAUAAGAAAAAUCUGAGAAGUUCCACUGGAGCUGAGCAAAGCUCAUCAAGACAGAACAGCAGAGAAGCGAGUCCUGCCGCGAGCAGCUCUUCUGAGACGCCAGAAACAGCUGUAGCUGGAGAGGACCUAGAGAACGUGACGGAGGGGAGCAAGUCUGAAGACCAAGAGAAAGGCAGCGCUCAACGUGUUCCUUAUCUCUCUCCUUAUCACAGUUCUCCAUACAGACACACCAACAUACCCGCUCAUGCCAGACACUACCAGAGCUAUAUGCAACUCAUCCAACAGAAAUCUGCAGUGGAGUACGCCAACAGCCAACUCAGCCUCGUAAGCAUGUGCAAAGACUCUCAGAAGCCAACAGAGUCUAAGAUGGAGUGGAAGGUGAAAAUCCGGAGCGAUGGAACUCGAUACAUCACAAAACGACCAGUGCGGGAUCGCCUGCUCAAGGAACGUGCCUUAAAGAUCAAAGAGGAGCGUUGUGGCUUGACCACAGACGACGAUGCCGUGAGCGAGAUGAAAACCGGUCGCUACUGGAGCAAAGAAGAACGAAAGCAGCACAUAGUGCGAGCCAAGGAACAGCGGAGACGGAGGGAGUUCAUGAUGCGCAGCAGGUUGGAGUGCCUCAAGGAAAAUCCCCAGAGUGGUGGUGAAGGGAAAAAAGAAGUCAACAUAAUCGAACUGAGUCACAGAAAAAUGAUGAAAAAGCGAAAUAAGAAAAUCUUUGACAACUGGAUGACAAUUCAAGAACUAAUGACACACGGUGCCAAAUCUCCAGAUGGCACAAGAGUCUACAAUUCCUUCUUGUCAGUUACCACUGUAUAAAGAGAACUCUUUUAUAAGGACACUACCAAUUGAGGUAGAAUACAGUUGCCUCGUUAAAUGCGGCAUGUUUUUCUAUUUGAGAACUGCUUCUAAUCUAAUUUCGGUAUGAAAAGCAGUUACUUAUCUGUUUUCCAAAUACAGCUUAUGGUACCUUUGUCCCCAGGUUGCUGCCUUGCUUCAUUCACCACAAUCUCAAAUCCCAAUUUGUAAAGAAGUCAUAAUAUUUCACAUUACGUUAUACCUAUUGCAAUUCAAAACAUAAUUUGAUUUCAGCACUUGUUCCACUGAACAUUACCAAGGUUCUUUUGUAAUGUAUCUUUGUUAUUAUUCAAAAAAUUCAUUGGCAAACUAAUAGCUUUGCAUACUUGCCCAUCUGCAUCGCAGUACAUGUUUAUCAAUAACUUUACUUUCUCUGCUGCAAAGUGGAGCAUAAACAAUUAACAUUGACUCUUUUACCUUUCACUUUUGUUCAGCCAUGUAUUGUACAAUUAGACUGUAAAUGAAGUGUAUUGUCCAAGUAAGUGUAGAUGGAUGAGUGAUCUGUACUCUGUAGUGGAAUUGAUGAUGUAGUCAGGUAAAUAUGUGGUUAUUGUGAAGAUGAAAGAAAUAAAUUAUUGCUUAUAUUUGAAGAAAUACAGAUCGCAGAGUACAUGUUAUUGUAAAAUCUUUACUACACUCAUUAAGUGCUAUAACAAUUUGUUUUGUUGGCAUUGACUGUUUUAAUUGGCCUCAGGAGAACUGUUAUUUUAAAGACAACAAGCUGGAAUCAAUAGUAUUUCCAUUAAAAAUCUUUGCAAUUGAA